AUGUUCCCCUUGCCGAUGUUCACCCCGGAGCAGGUGGCGCGGGUGUGCGAAAACCUGGAGGAGACCGGGGACAUCGAGCGCCUCGGCCGGUUCCUCUGGUCCCUGCCGGCCGCGGUCCCCGGGUCCGCCGGGGAGGCCCUCAACCGACACGAGUCCGUGAUGCGUGCGCGGGCGCUGGUGGCGUUCCACGGAGGGAACUUCGAGGCGCUCUACCAGAUCCUCCAGAGUCACCGUUUUACGCGCGAAUCGCACGCCAAGCUGCAGGACCUGUGGCUGGACGCGCACUACCGGGAGGCGGAGAGACUCCGCGGGAGGCCGCUGGGACCCGUGGAGAAAUACAGGAUACGGAAGAAGUUCCCGCUGCCCCGCACCAUCUGGGACGGAGAGCAGAAAACGCACUGCUUUAAGGAGCGGACUCGCAGCCUUCUCAGAGAGUGGUACCUCCAGGACCCGUACCCCAACCCGUCCAGGAAACGCCACCUGGCCCAGGCCACGGGCCUCACGCCCACGCAGGUCGGCAACUGGUUCAAGAACCGGCGCCAAAGGGACCGAGCCGCGUCGGCCAAGAACAGACUUCAGCAGGAUCCCUCCAUCCUGCCCUCUGAUAACUCCCCCGAAGGUUCCCUUCAGGAGCACCGCCACCACCAUCCCCACCUCAUGUCGGCCUCCCCCCGCUGUCCGGCCAGCCCCGAGGCCAGUGACUGCAGCACGGGGACCGAGCGCCGGGAAACUGGGGCCUCAACGCCCGAGAUCUCCGUCAGCAGUGACAGCGAGUUUGAGCCGUGA